AUGGCAACGCAGGAGGAUUCGCCGUUGAAAGGCUGUAUCCUGGCCGACAAUUGUGGCCUCGGAAAAACGAUCACAGUCCUUUCCCACAUCUUCUAUACCGCUGAGCGCGCCGCCCGCCAGUCCGUCAAUCCGAAUCCGCCUCCCUUCACACCGACGCUCAUCCUAUGCCCCGCCAUUCUGUUCCCAACGUGGCUCGGGGAGAUAGGAGCGCAUUACGGCAGACUACAGAAGAAAGCAGUGACCGUUGAUACGUUAGACGAGCUGCAGAUCCUGCUCCUGGUGCCCUCUAAUCUGCUGGUGGACGAACGGCCACCGCCCAAGCUCGUCCCGCUGGGUCGGACCCGGCAGCAGGUGCUGAUGGUGACGCCCAGCAACGAUGCCAUGAACAACCUCGCUUGCACCGCACAGGAGAUUGCGAACUCCGUCGUUAUCGACCACCAGGCUAUGGUGAUCCGCCUCUACGCAAGUGAGACAGAGGUCGCUAUAGCGCUGCAUCUCGCCAACCGCGAACGCCACGUCGCGCCGAAUGCCCGUCUAUCCAUCCCGCAGAGGGCGCUAGCCGAGGCGGUGGUACAGAUAUUAAUUGCCUGCGGCUGCGGACCGGGAGACUCCCUGCAGCACCUGGAGAAGAGCGACACGAUCCCGAUCGCAAUGCUGAAGCCGUGGCACGUUACCGGCUCGGCCUGA